AUGCAACUCGUCCACCUCACAGCUCUCCUCCUGGCAACAGCCACCUCCACCUACGCACAGGACAACAAUGCAAUUGACUCCCUAGUCUCCGCAGCCAACAACAUCGUCUCCAACGGCCAAAACAUCGCCUCCAACGUCGUCGCCGACGCAACCUCCAUCGCCUCCGCGUUUGAAACCGGCGGCGCGGCGGCCGUCUCCUCGCUCACCUCCGAGGCCGGCGCCGCAGCCUCCAACGUCCAGUCCUGGGCGUCGUCCGUGGCCUCGGACGCCCAGUCCCGCGCUUCCGAUGUGGCCAGCAAGGCGUCGUCGGCGUGGAACGAGCAAUUGACCACCCUGACCGGAACGAAUGGUACGCCGACCGCCACGGAGACCCGGUCGGUGAGCGAGACCACCAGUUCGACCACGGCUACCCUGACGGAUACCACGACCUCGACAAGCGGGUCGUUCACCACCACCAUGACCCGCACGAGCACUAGUGCCGGUGCGGCGGGCACGUCGACCUCCACGUCGGAGGGGGCGGGUGCGCAGGCUACCCCGUUCCUUGGAGCGGGGAUUGUGGGUGUGGCUGGUGUGUUGGGUGUUAUGGCUGCCCUGUAG